AUGGAAUUUUGCAACCUAGAUGAGAGGAGUGUUGUUAGCAAUACUGAUGUCUCAACAGUAACAACAUCGGAAAGCAGGGCGGGUGAGCUUGGAAAACUGCAUCAGUUGCGUGUUCUAACUCUUGGUUCGAAUGAAUUUAGUGGGAAAAUCCCAUCUGAACUAGGAAAUUUGAGCUUGUUGAUUAACCUUGACAUGAGCGAUAAUCACUUGAAAGGAGACAUUCCGAAAAGCAUUGGCAAAUUGAACUCUCUUCAGAAUCUUGAUUUAUCGGCUAACAAUUUUUCGGUAUAUGGUGAAUUAGAACAUGUAAGAUUGAAAGGCGUAUUUUGCCGGUACCCACCAUGCUUAUCUGUACUUGUCAUCACACGUGUCUCCCAUGGCGUCGCUUUUCUGCCACCAUUCCACCAUUGUCUUUCUAAGUCUUCUCACCGCUUUCAUUUCUGCAACUGUCAGUUAAGCUUCCCGGUAUCCUCUCACCGCAUAGGUUAUCUCGCUUUCUCUAUUCCUCUACUUUCAUUCCUUUAUUUUCUGCAUUCAUCUUUCAUUUACCGCUCUGCUCUUCUCAAUCCCUGUUACUAUUCAGCAAGUUUUUUCUAUUUUCAAUUAUUUCUGGCUGUUAUGAAAGUAUCUGAUAGGGACUGA